AUGUCGCCACCAGUAUUUGGACCUCAACGGCAUCAACCGAUGAAGGAUCCUACCGAUCAUGCUGAUACCCGUGUUCUUCCGUCGCGGGAUGUUACUGACGAUACUAUCGAUGACGCCUAUGUCAAGUUUAUUCUGUAUUGCAAUCCCAAUGUUCCAUCAACAGUUGACACAUCAGAACUAAGGAAAACGUUUCGUACUCCGCCACGGAGUGACGGCAAAAGCUUUAGCGUCUUUGCACUUUUUGAAUUAAUUCGCAAGAAGGAAAAUGGUGAAUUAAAGACUUGGAUUGAGCUGGCGAUUCAACUAGGUGUGGAACCACCGUCCAUGGAAAAGAAGCAGAGUACACAGAAGGUUCAACAGUACUCUGUUCGACUCAAACGUUGGAUGCGUGCUAUGCAUGUCGACGGAUUCUUCAACUAUUGCUUGAAUCUACAUCAUCCAUAUUACACCAACCUUCCGCCAUCUGGUCCUUUUGUCAGUGAUUCUCGCGAUGGUGUACCGCUAGAGGAAGACCUCGCGCUCAGGGCACUUGUACCCCAGUGGAAGCCAAAACGGGGUAGAAAAAGGGCCGAGGAUAGGGAGCUCGACGAGGACAAAGCGACAAAGCGGCCUCAACUUGAUACAACAGUGGGCGCCCUCCAGCACGGUAACUUCCCGGCGCACUCCGUCACAUUCCCGCAGAGCGCAAUUCCAUUCAGUGCAUUUCCAGACGACAUGGAAUCCAAUGAUCCAUGGAUCACGGCUGCCUCUUCUUUCCAAGGUGGGGUGGCAGCCCAAGAACCAGAUCAGUCUAACCAAGAUAUUCGCUGGAGACUGCCAGAGCGGGAGGCGUCCCCUGCUAACUAUCCUCAAUCCGCUAUCAUACCGAGAAGCCAUCUACCAUCGGAUGUUCUCAUGUCUGCUGAGCCUCGAUCCGCUGUGACCCCGUCGACCGGUGAGAAGACCCGUACAAGAAGACGACACGGUCCGGCUGUCUCAUCUGCUUGGCCAAGCAGCAGUGGUCUGUCUACUGGAAAAGGUCGAGGCAGGCCUCCAAACAAAGGCCCGACUUCGGGCUCCUUUUCUACCUUUCAGGUCAAUCCCAGUCGAGAAUCGUCACAGAUUCCUAACACUGGCACUCAAACCUCUCCUACUGGGCUUGAUUCGAACCCCCCUCAAUCUUUUCAAACCCCACCUUAUAAUCAAACACCGACUCCAAUUACACAAGGAAGGCCCAGCAAACUUCAAUUGCAAGUUCCACUACACUCCGGGGCACCAGUCCGUCUUGCGACUCCUCCGAGACUGGUAGUCAACGGUGUCAAUGGCGCAGUCAUCUCCGGGGCCGAGGCAGCUAAUGGUCGCCAGCAACAUCAUACUACGAAUAAUACGAACGCUGGUACUAUUAAUCGAAUGCCUUCUUCGGGCAACCAAAACAAUAUGAAUACCGCAUCCAGUCCUGCCAUGGACGACAUAGUCCGCGCGCUCUCUGCCGAACUCAUACAUGCCAGAUUGAUCGGACGGGGUGUUCCUCUCACCCACGAUGAGACUGAAGCACUGGCCUCUGCGAUGGUGAUCAAUCUGUCUACAUUGUAUUCACAUAGUCAAAUUGACAUGCCUCCUUCGAUCAUGGCCUUCCACCUUGGCGUUGGACACCACUUUGGGUUCCCUGGUAGCAAUCCAGGUUCCAUGGUGGUGAGGACUGAACGUGCCAUGACAAACUCCGAUGGAAGCCGAGAUGCAGCUGGUUUCAAUUACUCCAUCUCCCACGAUCACAAAACUUCCGGCCAGUUCUCGAUGCAAAUUACACUUGGAAACAUUGACCGUAGUUUUGAGACUAUGGUUACAGCCGAUCUGGAAAGUACAGGCAUGGCUUCUGGUCAUCACAUGAUCGACAACAGCAGCAGCAUGGCGAACCCUGAUCUGGAUGAGGAUGAUGAUCUCAAUUAUCCUGUGUCCGAAGCGACCUGGAAACAGCGUUACUCGAAGCUCCGGGCACAGAUGCAGAAAAGGGACCGGGCUUUAUCCAGCUACAAGCGAAAGAUCGUCGAAUCCGUCAUGGCAGACAUCUGA